GAAACCAUGUCUGUGGAAGGUGUAAUGGUGUCCUACAACUAUUCUGAAGAUGGGGAGCAUUCAAACAUCAUCACUGUCUCUGCGUCAGGGAUGAAGUUCUCCAAACGUUGGGUGUUGACUCAUGGAUCUAUCCUCUCUCCUCUCAAACAGGCACAAGCCAUCAACCACGCGAGAGGCAACCCCAUACUGAAAGAAGAGUUCUACGACAAUCUGCCCGAGAUCUACGUAACGUGCGAGAGAGAGACGAAAGAAGGGAAUGUGUAUGAUGAUGUGGAGAGACUUAGUAGAGAGAGGGAUGAGGGGCUGGAGCAUAGUAGUUACCAGAUCAGAGUGCUUACGGGGAGGAUAGUCCACGUCUGGCAAUGUCCGAUCCUCAGCCGCUGCGUCGACGAUAUUCUCUACAGUUGGACCAUCGGACACCGAGACGGAGAUAUAGAAAAACAGACACAGUUGGGGAAGGCACUGCUGUCUGUUUUCGUGCUAGUGGACUUGGAAAGUGAUGACCGAGGCUUUAGGACGCUGCGGCCCCUUUCGGAGCUACUGGACUUGGUAAAGCCUCCGCCUGACAGAGGGUCUGCCGUGGAAGUCCAUUCCACUCCAUUUGGAUGCGAGGUGUUCCUAAAUGCGGUGACUCGUGGAUCGGUGUGCGGUGUUGUCGGCAGAAGACCGUCGCUCCUCCUUACUGAUGCGGCCACAGCGCUAGGUUCUGAAGGCGGCCCGGUGUUCACAGAAGGACCCAACAAAGAGCUUAUAGGAGCAGUGGUGUGCAGCGUGUCAUGGUGGCGAGGGGAAUGGGUGGGACUGACAUUAACAGCUCCACUUGUAUCAGUACUAAGUGCCAAGCUGAGGGUGUCCCCACCAGCUGUGCCACGCCAGCCGCCCAGCCAGCAUUAUCAGGAGAUUUUUGAUAGAAUCGACAAGACGACGGUGCUGGUGAGGUGUGGGGGAGCUUGGGGCGCUGGGGUGUAUCUCGGCGGCGGAUACAUUGCCACAUGCGCACACGUCGUUAAGCAUUACGCAACCCACAAAGUCUCAGUUUACUGCCAAGGCGCAAGCGAAACGGCCAUAGUUCGCUACAAGACUCGCGAUGAUCGAGCAUACGAUUUAGCUCUCCUCUACACAAACCCUGAAAACUGGACGCAUCUCCUGCCAGCUGUUUUCGCUGAGAUGCCUGCUGAGAAAGGAGAAUCGGUACUAGCAGCCGGCUACCCGUACUUCAACGAGAAUAUGCUGGAAAACCUAAAGCCAAACGUGACCGCCGGCCAUGUGAACAGCGUCUCGCCUUCCAUGAUUCAGAGCAGCUGUUGCGUGCAGUCAGGGUUCAGUGGCGGUCCCAUCUUCCGGAUAGUAGACUCCAACGUGGAAGUUCUAGGCAUCAUAGUCAGCAACGCAAAGACCAACACGGGCGCGUGCUAUCCUUACAUCAAUAUGGCUGUGCCUGCUAGAGCAUUUGUCGAUCCCAUGCUACAAUACAUCACUGAUAAAGACGGCGACCGCCUGAAACCUAUUGAAAACCAACAAGAAAUGAUCCAGUCACAGUGGGGGCUGCUUCCUUAUCGAUCUAAGAUAUGAUCUCAAAUUAAAUAUUUAGCAUAAUAAUUUCUAGAUUGUAGAUAGUGAAGUGGCAGGUGCAUUACAAAUAGAGGGUGACUCAACCUCGUAUCGCAGAUCAAUUGGUGUAUUCAUUCACUUUAACGAAUAUUAUACGAAAUUGAGUGAUAUGGCCGAGCGGGGUUGAGUUGAGUCACCUAGACAUUAAAUUACGAAAGUUUCUGAAAAUACAUGAUGUUAAAAGAUUAUGCACUAGUACUACAUUUGUGUUGCUUACUUUCAAAACUGGGUAAAUCCAUUCUGCUGUAUAAGGUUGAUUAUCUUUCAGAUCAUAUUAUUUAUAUUCAACCUUAAAGCAGAAUGGAUUUACCCAGGUUUGAAGUUAAGCAACACAUUAAAUUUGU